AUGGUGCCCAAUUUGGCCAAGUCGCCUGCCUCCCUGGACGUGGUGUCACUGCGUUCCGUGGGGGCGGUCGUGGAUAACACUUCGCAUGUUGGCAAGGCUGCUCUUGAGCUGUACGGCAACCCACAGAUCUGUGACAUCUCCACAGGUCGCCCGCUCAACCUCUCAUCCACCAGCGGCCUGUUCAACGACUCCUGCAAGUGGACGUCCGCGCCCUUUUGCAGCAACCAGCUCUGCUUCUCCACGCAGUACAUCGACCGCCCCACCUUCCUCAACGCCUACCCCCCCUCCAACUGCGUCCCUGAGGGAGGGCCCUUGACAGGCCCGCUCUUUACCCCCACACGGGGGCCGGGGGCGUGUGUGUGUGUGGGCAGCAACCAGUUCUACGAGUUUGACCUGCUCUGCGCCAACAGCACCAUCCAGGCGUGGACUGACGACUACUCGCAGCUUGUCUCUCAGAAGUUGUCUGCAGGGUUUGCCAUGAAGCUCAAGAAGUGCAUCAAUCCGGAGCAGGUGAGAGAGGAAGAAAUGAGGCGCAUUUCUUUAGGGCAAAGGUGCAUUGGUCUGGCCCGGGGCGUGCAUCAGUUUUACGAGUUUGACCUGCUGUGCGCCAACAGCAGCAUCCGUGCGUGCGUGAACCGAUGA